AAAAGUAGAGAAACGGGGAAAGAAAGCGAGCUGGCUGCUCGCCUUCCACUUUGGUUGGGCUCAGAGGAGAGAAGGAGGAAUGCGCUUGUUGGUCCCGGGGAUCGCUGCUCUCCUACGCGUCCGCUCGCAUGGAUCCAUUGUUGGGAUUGUAAACAAAAGAAAAGAGAAGCAGUGAGGACGUCUCGGGGGGCGAGUAGGGGGGCGGCGGCGCGAGGAUGUCAAUGUCGAGCGCGUCGUUUGGGGAUUUAAUCAUUGUUUCUGGGCUCGGCGUGUAACAAACUAACACACACAUACGCGCACACACACAUUGACAAAAAAGGGCCAAACUCUGCGAGGUUUUUGAGCUUGGGUUUCGGGGGGGGCGGUGGGGGGCUACUUUAAUGUCAAUGAUGGACUCCACGUCUCCUACGGUGUUCCUCGCUGCCUUAUAAAGAACCCGGCGAGACUUGCCAAUUCCCUUAACGUGUUGCAUACUGCUCGGAAUGUGGCAGUUUCGGUCGCUAAAGUUCUUGGCGUGCGCGUAGACGCAACCGGUGCGUCGUGCGUCUAAUGUUGCCGUUCGGCCAGCAGCGCUCGUCGGUCGGCUGUGCAUGCCUCGCACGGCGUUUCGAUCGCUUCUUCAUGUUGAGUGCGUGUAACGUUGGGACAGCCGUACACGAGUAACCCCCCCCCCCCCUCUCCCCAGCCCCCUCCCCCGCCCCGAAUAGAUAGCCAAGGCGUCGUAUGUUCAGGACGAAACGCUCAGGUCUUGUGCGGCGACUCUGGAGAAGCCGUUUGAUUCCAGAUAAAGAGGGGGACGAUGGAAAUGGCCAAACAAACGAGGGGUGCCGGGACGAUCUGUUCGCGAACAACCCGCAGAAGAUUCCCAAAACGGAGUUCCGACCGGUGACCCCCAGCGGGGACGCGGGGGGUCCCCUGGACAGCGGCGCCCUGGGGUUUGUGGACCAAGAUGGGGGCGCGGGGUGCGCGCACGACCAAGGGGGUGCCCGGUCCCUGCGGGACAGCGACUCCAGGACGGUGACGUGCUGCUUAUUUCAAGAGCGGGAGCACUCCGAACUCUUGGCUCCAGAGGCGGCCCCGGAUAGCAGGGACCCCGGGUCGUGCCACUUGGCCUUCGGGGGCCUCAGCCAGCGGGACGCCGGCUCCCCCGAGACCGGCAAGGAGGCGAUGCCGCGCACGUUGCUGCAACACGAGCUCAAGUCGGCCACGCACUCGCUUCUAAAAAAGCUCAAGGAGAAGGCGCUGGAUACUUUAUUGGAGGCAGUGGAGUCCAAAGGCGGCCUCCCCAGCGACUGCGUCAUGGUGUCCCGGACUGAGCUGAGGCUGGGCGGCCAUGUGGCGUCCCCGCAGCUGCUUGUGUGUAAACUGUACCGCUGGUCCGACCUCCAGCACCUGGCCCAGCUCAAACCGCUCUGUGAGUGUAAAAGCUAUUGGGGCCCGGACAGUCCAACUGUAUGCUGCAACCCUUAUCACUACAGCCGCCUCUGUGGGCCAGAGUCACCCCCGCCUCCAUAUUCAAGGCUCUCCCCUAAUGAAGAACACAAGCCACUGGACCUGUCAGACUCCACAUUGUCUUACACUGAAAGGGAGGCAGCCAGCUCACCACACGUCACAGUGGGGGAAUUCUCAGAUGCCAGCAUGUCACCUGACGCCCCCAAGCAGAGCCACUGGUGCAACGUGGCGUACUGGGAGCACCGCACGCGCGUGGGCCGCCUCUACACAGUGUACGAGCACUCCGUCAGCAUCUUUUACGAUCUACCUCAGGGCACGGGUUUCUGCCUGGGCCAGCUCAACCAGGAGCACCGCAGCAGCACGGUGCAGCGCACGCGCACCAAAAUCGGCUACGGCAUCCUGCUCAGCAAAGAGCCGGACGGCGUGUGGGCGUACAACCGCAGCGAGCACCCCAUCUUCGUCAACUCGCCCACGCUGGACGUGCCCAACGGCAGGAGCUUGGUGGUGCGCAAGGUGAUGCCGGGCUUCUCCAUCAAGGUGUUCGACUACGAGCGCUCGUGCCUGCUGCGGUACGCCGGCGAGGCCGACCUCCUGGACGGACCCUACGACCCCAACAGCGUGCGCAUCAGCUUUGCCAAGGGCUGGGGGCCCUGCUACUCCAGACAGUUCAUCACCUCCUGCCCCUGCUGGCUGGAGAUCCUCCUGAACAACCACAGAUAAUACGGACGGACGGACUGACGGACCCCACCCACCAUCCCAAAUAUCAUCUACCUAGAUUUAAUAUAAAGUUUUAUAUAUUAUAUGAAAUAUAUAUUAUACUUGUAAAUACGGAGUCCUUUUUACAAUGUCAUUAUUUAUGUAUGGUGCAAUGUGUAUAUGGACAAGAGGAAAAAAAUGGAAACUGCACUUUGGGUUAUCUAUAUUAUAUAUAAAUAUAUAUAAAGAUCAAGAACAUUUCAAUGAGAAAUUAUACAGCAAAAUUAGGACUGAGCCUGGAUUUGGUGUAUAGUUUUUAUAUACUAUUAAUAUCCAGACAAAAAGCUAACCAUUCACACAUUGAUAAUAAAGUAUUCGCAUAAUAA